AUGGGUAGAUCGUCAGAGAAGGACAAAGCCAGCAAGAAGGACAAGCGUAAGGAAAAGAACAAACAGAAAGAAGCUCUCCAGCCCCAGGCACCUCCACGUACAAUUCCUAUACCACCCGCCCCAUCCGCAUCGCUGCCACCCAUCCCUGUUGUUGCUGCCAACAUCCCGCCACCACCGUCAGACAACCUGCUUGCCAACGACCAGGUACGGGUAUCCGAAGAACGCCUCGAAGCACCGCCGCAUACAUCUGGACAGGAGCCUAAUGCUACUGUCCUGACGGGGAAGCGUGCCAGAAGCCCGGACCCGGAAGCCGACAUGCACACUCGCAAGCGCGAGAAGAAACUCAACAAUAUUCUCAGCUACAUGUACCAUGACACCCAUGCCGAUAUCGUCAGCGACGAGAUCAAGAGCUACCAAUUUGGAGCCCGUCUGGCCUCCUGCAUGGUGCAUCUGUUCGUCAAUGUGCACGAUGCACUCGUCUUUGGCCAGCACUACGCCAACACCAGCACUGAACUCUCGGACUCGGACGACGAGUCCGACUCUGAUUUAGGAUCCGACUCUGAGGGUGCGGCAGACAAGCGGAAGGCUAUAGAGCGGCAGGAAAAGCGCGAAUACAUCUUUCAAUACCAUGCCAUUCCCGAUGUUAUGCCAAACCUCAAGACGGACUUACCCCUGCUCGAUGCAGACCAGCUCGUGACCUAUACAAACUUUGUGAGGGACGACACGAACUCGCUCCGCAAGGACAUCCUCCUCCUCUAUUGCAAGGAAGGAUUGCGCCUCGAUCCUUCGUAUUCUGAAGCACCUUCUAACCUUGUGAAGCACAGGCACGGGUGGGAAAAUGACUACACCGCACGUCUGUUGUGCCCACAAGAGCUCCUCGACACGUACAAUGCUGAUCCGGAAGUGUUCCGCAAGCGCGUCAAAGCUGGCACAAUCAAGAUCACGCCAGGAGCAUACUGUGCUCUGCUCUACGACCAGAAGCUCGCAGCAACUUCAUCCGGCAAAGGUGACGAGCACAUCGGCCUUCUGAGGAGCCUGCUACUCGUUGCGUGCGUGUGGACCGGCCGUUCGAACACAUUCCUACCAGGAGUUGCAGCUGGGCCCUGUGCUGGCAAACAGCCAAUCUCGCGUGUGUACAAUGUUGGCUUUGUGAACCUGCGCAGUAUCGCAUAUGUUAUCAUCCUUGCCCAUUUCAGCCUGACUAGCCAAACAUUGUUCAAUGUGCUCGACGAUGUCAGGAAGUUCAGCUAUCUCGAGCUCUACAUGCGGAUCUUGAGCCUCUUCCGUGACGCGGAGUCCCUGUGGUGCAAGGAGACGCUAGCGUGGUGGGACAUGCAGGUUUAUGGUGUCGCACCGGCUGUGCCUAUCCGUGGUGAGGAGCCUCAGGAAGAGACUGCAGCGGACCGGCUCAAGCACUGUCAGAAAUCCGAGAGAAAGGCCUGUUGGCAGGCGACGUCACGUGCGCACAGACGAGGCCCUUCGCACCCGCAAGGCUCAUCAAGCCCCGGUCCCUCCUCUGGCUAA